GGCAUCUUAUUUUGGGAAAAAUAAUAGUGUUCCCGUGAAUGCAUUGUGGGAGGAUUCCUCCUUCCUCAACAUGGUGAAAAAUUCUCUUCAUUUUCCCUUGAAUUUUAUUGCUUGCCAUAGAAGAGUUUUGAGUCUUAUGGAUUGGAAUUAGUUGGAAGAUUCAAAUUGGAGAAUAUUGGUUGUGGUUGUGCUGGAGGUGAGGAAAAAAAGAAAGAAUUGUUUCAGAUCUUUCCUCCAUCACAUAGGAUUAAGGUUUGUAAUGAGGAGUACAAUGCUGUAAUCAUAUUUUAUGAUAAAAGAGUGUAUACAAAUUGAGUAGGACAAACAGUUGUGCAACAGAGGUAAGACAAUUCAGCCUUUGCCCCUCAAGAAGCUUAUCAUUUAUAAAAUUUAGUACUUGUGAGGAAGAAAGAAAAUUUCAUAUUUCAUAGACAAUUGCUUUGAAAUGAUGAUUGGGACAUCAAGCAGAGAUUUUGCGGCUUCUAACAGGCCAAGGAAGCCAGGUUUGUGGGUAAUUUUUCUGGUUUCUGCAGCAGCUUUGAUGUGCAUAGUUUUGGCCAUUAUAGAAGCAAUUCAAGUUUUUAAGCCCAAUCUCAACAUUCCACCUCUGAGAAACAGAAGAAUCACACAUCAUUUUAUCAAGGAAAAUGAAACAGCAGCACUGAAUAUCAAGAGAUCUCCAUCAAAUAAGGACUCAGAAGAAAAUCAUGAUUUCUUCCCAGUUUAUCAAAAUUUCAUGUUCCCUAACCCAGCUUCAUCUCUGGAGAGGAAGGCAAAUGAAGCAUUUAUUUUGGGAGCUAUGGCAUCCAGAGAACUAAUCCAGUUAUAUGAUUCUGAUUCAUUGAGUUCUACACCAUGUCCAAGUUCAAUAAGUAGAGUAUUUGGCAAGGAUUCAGGCCUUUUUUUUGUGGGUGUUCCUUGUGGGAUUGAGUUUAGGUCUGUUAUAACCAUGAAAGCACAACCUGUCCCAAAGGAUGAUAAGGAUCUCAAUGUUCAGUUUGUCAUUGAAUUCCUAAGCUCUGUAGAAGAUGAAAGCGGGGAAGCCACCAGAAUUUUCCACUUUAAUCCCAGAUUGAGAGGUGAUUAUAGUGGUGAACCUGUCAUGGAACUCAAUACUGCUUAUCGAGGAAAUUGGGGGGUUGCACAGCGUUGCAUGCAGAACAGAUCGUUUCCCUGGUCUAACAGAGUGGAUGGACAGGUCCCAUGUGAGGGAUGGAGGGAGUUUCCAUUUGUAGAGAAUCGGAUGUUUGAGCUCAAAAUUGAAAAUGGAUUAGAGGGAUACCAUAUUUUUGUUGAUAGAAGGCCCGUUGCCUCCUUUCCUCAUAGGCCGGGAUUCCCUCUCAAUGAUAUAUUGAGCAUAUCUGUUAAAGAAGACAUUCAAGUGGAGAACAUAGAUGCAUAUUCAUUGCCAUCCAUUGCUCAGACCAUAUCUCUAGGAAAGCUUGCUGUUCAAAGACAGGAUCCUAAGGCCCAGACUAUAUUGCAGCCAUCUGGUCAUCCCCACAUUUUUGUGGGCAUAAUAUCUGCAAGCAACAACUUUGCUCAAAGAAUGGCUAUCAGAAGGACAUGGUUGCGUUCUCAUACAAUUCAAGCUUCAUUCCAAGCAGCUGCCUUCUUCUUUGUUGCUUUGGACAUUGACAAGGAUAUCAAUGUGCAACUGAAGAAGGAAUCAGAUUACUAUGGAGAUAUGGUGAUCUUGCCAUAUAUAGAUCACUAUCAUCUAUUAGUGCUCAAGACCCUUGCUAUUGUGGAGUUUGGGGUGAAAAACAUGAGCUCAAAGUAUAUAAUGAAAUGUGAUGAUGAUACUUAUGUGAACAUGGAUGCAGUGGUAAACAAGUUGAAUGAAACAGGGGAUAAACAGAGUUUGUUCAUGGGUUUAUUCAACUGGGGCCAGGGUCCUGAGAGGGAAGGGAAAUGGGCAGUCACUUAUGAGGAAUGGCCAGAUAUGUUAUACCCACCUUAUGCCAAUGGUCCGGCAUAUAUAAUUUCAAAAGAUAUUGGUGAAUUUAUUAUCUCUUCCCACAAAAACCAUAGUUUGGAGUUUUAUUUUGUAGAUAUUCAAGAUGGAGGAUGUGAGCAUGGGCAUAUGGGUUUUGAAAUACAAUGAAACAAUGGUAAAACUUGGUCAGGAGUUAGGAGUGAGAUAUGAAGACAAUUGGAGAUUUUCUCAAUCUGGAUGUACAGAAGGUUAUUUGUCAGCUCAUUACCAGUCUCCUAGACAGAUGUUAUGCUUGUGGGAAAAGCUUAAUGUUGGCUCUUCUCAAUGUUGUCACAUCUAAAUAGAUUAUUAAUAAAAUUAUUUUUUUCGUGCA